AUGACAGAGAUACAGUCGCAUCACUCGCCUGCGCAACAACCCUCAUCCAAUAUCUCCUACCUAUCUGUCCAUGAAGUUUUCAAAUCCAACUCAAUCGCCGAUAUCCGGUCGCUCGAAAUACAGCUCCGCGACCAAGCCGCCCAGCGCCGCACAGAUCUGCAAGUCCUCGUGGGCGAAUCGUAUCGAGACCUGUUGACGACUGCCGAUACACUUGUCAGAAUGCGCGAUGAAACCUUGACGUUACGCGCAGAGUUGGCGACAUUAACAGGACGGUGUGAUGAAGAGGGCUUGAGACGCGUGAUUGCCAAUGGAACGCGAUUAUUCGUGCCACAAGCGCAGCGAAGACAGCAGGUCCUCAUUUCGUUUCUGAGAGAUGUACGUGGCUUAAUCUUGUCACUUGCGAGUCAAGGUGAUGUCUUGACGGCAUGUCAGGUAUGGGUCUUGGCAGAAGCAUGCAGCAAGACAAUGCCUAUGCCGCUACACUUGAAGCAGUCGUUGAUCUCUGCUAAACGUCUUUUGAUGAAAUUUAUCGAUCAUGUCGACGAUGUGGCCGUCUUUGCAACAGCUCACUGUCAACUCCACUCAUCAACGCUCGCAGAGUGUCUCAGGCAAUGGCUCACGCUACAGCCUGCGAGAUGGCGAGGCUGUCUUACGCUAAACAGUCUCGCAAAGGCGAUUAUCACUACAACUGAGCAAUUGCGACACUUUGCGCGUCUGGCGGAUCCAUUCGAAGAUGCAAGCAAGCAGAUCCUUGCAAAUACUGUGGCCAAGUUGCCUGAACUUGAUGGGCCUUUGAUCAAAGCUUGUCUUCCAUCUGAUUUGGCAAAGCAACGUGUUGGUCUGCCACCGGCCAACCUCAGCCAUUCCGAGAUCCAAGCUAGUUUUGAAACCUGGCUCAAGGCAGAAACCGCAGCGAUCCAAUGCAUCAUUCAAGAAUGUCUACUAGCACAAGACGAUUCAAUGGAGGACGUCCUGCUGGCUGCAAAACAAGUGCGAGGCUUUCUAGACGAAGCGAGCCAAGAUGCCUUGUAUAUCCAACUCUUCUCGCCAGCCGUGGACCAUUUUAUCGCCACAGUUCUCGAUCGAUCUCUGGUUGGAUUUGCGCAAGUACGCGAGACGCUCACUGCACUGGUGUCUUCUGUACCGCAGGAUACACAGCAGAUGUCAUUGUUGAGUGCUUCUGUGCCCUGGCAACAACGCGAGUUACAUUCAUUUGUGACGACCACGCGUCGCAUUGUCCGCGGUGAUCUUGUCACAGAACCUUUUGCGGCGUUUGACAAGAGCUACAGAGAUGUCAGCCGGGCUGUUGCAGCACAUCUGACGAGUCUCUCAACCAACAAGACCUUCCAGCAAGGUGGCUAUAAAGAUGCGUAUAGCAGCAGAGUGGAAGCUGCUCUGGUGGAUUUGCUUCAAUUGCUUCAGGAGCUUAGUCUGACGGUUCAACACAACAAGCCUGCACUCAUCCAGAUUUCUCGUGUCUUGGCGUACAUUUGCAAAACGGCCCCCAUUCCUUUGGACGGCCAAGCAGCGCAAGUAACCAUUGCAGAGAAACUUGUGACAUUCUUGCCAGAAUCGCUACCCCUCGUGCUGGCCAAAGAACUCGUCGCCCCAGAUGAAGCUGGCUUACCGAGCUUGCCAAGUCCAGCGUGUUCAGCAUCACUUGUGGCGUGUUGUCGGCUUUUGGAGUCGUGGGGCGUCGAUGUCGUUGGUCCUGGGUUACGCGCUGAAGUGCGACAACGCAUUACAGUCUCUAUUGAAGAAGCACUUGAGCGUGAACAGCUUGUGGCUGUGGAUGAGACGGACGAAGCAAGUGUCUUGCCUCAACACAGACCUUCUGCACCGCCAACACCACUCCUGGCACCCAUUCAGCCAGGUGAACCACUUACAUCACAAGCUGCAUUUGAUGCGCUUUUCGUGUCUGCUUUACUCUCCCUCAACCUCGAGGCACGCGUCGCACGCGCAGCGCAAGCGAAUGGAGUCGAUACGAAACAAAUGGAGAGUGCAGUGACGAGUGCAGUGACGAAAUCACGAUUAUUCUACAAGACGCUCAUCGCUUGA